AUGGCGAAGAAAGAGGAGGAAGAGGCCUCUGGUUCUUCUGCCGAGGAGAAGAGUAGCGAGAGCAACCAGUCGGAUGCUUCUGCUUUUGAAGGGUCUGAUGCAGAGGAGGAGGAAGAAGAAGAGAGGCCAAAAGAAAAGAAGAAAAGCAGCAGCAGCAAGAAGAAAUCAAAGGGCACAGCCUCUAAGAAGCGCAAAACUCAUGCAAGAGAAAGAGCUUCGAAAAGAAGAAGAGGCGUUAGCGCUUUCUUGGAUGUGGAAGCACAGGUUGGUGAUGAGGAGGAAGAAGAGGAAGGCGAUGAAUUUAUCGACCCCGAAGAAGCGCGAGAGGCAACGCGUCUGGCUGCGAAGGCUGCAGAAGCCCGCAGAAUUUCAGCACAGCGGCAGCAGCAGGAGGAUCAGCAGCAGCAAGAAUGGGGCAGACGCGGAGGCUCAGCGCAUCUUGUGUCUGCCAUUGAUUCUCUGACGCGGAGGUAUCAAGACCAGUCUUUCGAAGAAGGGGAGGAAGAAGAAGAUGACGAAUUCGAUGAAGCGGAGGCUUUGGACUAUGAAGAAUCCGCAGAGGCGAGCAUUCUGCCAGACAUGCGCGAUCCUAAACUGUGGAUGGUUCGCUUGAAUAAGAGCGGGACGGAGAGAGAGGAAGUUAUUGCAAUUCUGAACAAAUGCUUCGUGCAUGCGAGGAAGGGCAUGGAUUUGCAAAUAUACUCCGUCUUCGCUUCUGACGACCUAAAAGGCGAUCUCGCGCAAAUCGUCUCUGCCGAUCAGCAAGGUGUCUACGCCACUGUCCGGCUUAUCCCUCGAAUCGAUCUUCAAGCCAUGCUGGAGAGGGCGAGUAAACCAGGAAAGGAUUCUGCGCUAGGACGCGGAGGCGCUCAGUUCAAACGCAGCGCCCGUCCUGAAAAAAGAUUCUUCGAUAGAGAACGUGUGGACGCUAGUGGCGGUCAGGUUGAACAGGGCAUUAGUCCUGGCACGGUCCGAUUUGCCGGCUGUACCUUCGAAGAGGCUGGAUACAUUGUGCGAAAAAUUGCGCUACGGCAUUUGCUCUUUGGGUCGCUCGCUGCGCCGUCUCUAACAGAAAUUCGGGAGUUUUCGCAGCCUAUGUCCGAGGCAGACAGAGAAGAAUCCAUCAAUGGCCGCCGUCCCCUGGUGCAGCUACUCAAGCAGCAACGGAGUGCCUUCCUGCUAGGAGAUCGUGUUAUAAUAAUUCAGGGAGAGCUUCAAGGGCUGCGAGGAAGAAUCAGCGAGCUGCCACAAAACUCAGAUGGAGGAGAUAAUCAGAUUCAAGUUACUCUGGACGACCCCAAGUUUGGCGCGCUAAGGCUCAGGUUCAAGUGUCUCUUGGAGUCUCUGACGCACGCCGCACAGAGCGGCUGCGGCGAGGACGGCCUCGUGUCGAUCAGGGGUUUUUCGCUCUUGGAUUUCGUGGAUCUGACGUCUGGCGAGAAGGGCGUGUUGGUGUACAUCGACCCCAGCGGGAAGACGCUGCGCCUGUUGCUCCCGAACAACACGAUUUGCCACUCCUCCACGGCGCAGCUGAACACAAAGAUCCACACCGAGCUCCAGACCACAACGGACGCAGUCAAGCAAAUCGUGGAGCGGCAUGCGCUAGUCAAGCUGGCAUGCAGGGGCUGUUCGAAUCCCCUGUGCUCCUGUAGAGGGGGCCCCUCCGGAGGUGGGGGGGGCCCCCCCGCGGGCCAGGGGGCCUCAGGCUGGGAAGACUCAGGAGCCUUAGGCGCGCUGAGCGACAGCACCGCUUCUAGAAUGUCGCUGUCAGGAGGACUUGACGGCUCGAUGACACCUCUCUGCGGAGAUAGGGACGAAUCUGCCCUCCCUUCGGGAGCUCUGACGCCGCUUUCUAGGGCAGCAGAUCUUCUUCCUCCGCUUUCGCAACGCUCCAGCCAGCCGCAAUCUCCGAAUCCAGCAGUUGAGGCUUUGAUCGACGAAGACGCUGUAUCUCUGAGUGACUUGUCUCUCUCUUUGGGGACCAACAGCGCCAUGUCGAUCUCAAAAGCAUCGAGCUUCGGGAGUGCCUCGCGCUUCAGCGGCGGAGAAACCAGCUCCAUGUCAGUAUCUUCAAUGUCUGCUCGUCGCAGCAGCAUCCAGCUAGCUUCCACAGCUUCCCCGGAUGCGAACGCUGCUGGAGGGGGAGGAGGACGACACGAACUUCAGCCAUGGUGUCUCAAAGGCGUUGUCGUUCGGGUGACAAAGGGGCCUCAUCACCCCAAACAGGUCCAACAGCAGUAGCAAGAGUAGCAGCAGGAGGGUGUGCUCAUUUCCGUGGACGCUGAGGGGGGAAGGGCUGUAAUCUCAUCAUCUGGAAAUUUUUGCGCAGUUAGCAGCAACGAUAUCGAGCCUUUGUCAGUCACCAGGGAGGGGCAGGAGGCUGUUGUAGUCGGCGCGAGUCAUCCCCUGUAUGCGUCAUGGGGUAUCAUUAGAGCUUUUAGGGGUUUAGAGGUAUUGGUAGAAAUCAACGGCAGGGAAAGGCCUGUGCCCCUCAACGCCCUCGUGCAGGGGCAGCGUCUGUGA